UUUUCAGAAUGAUUUUGCUCCUUCUUUUCACUGUUCUGAUUGCCUUCCUGUUUCACGAAAUGUAUUGGAAGCGGCGAAAUCUCCCACCUGGACCAAUUCCUCUUCCAUUGAUUGGAAAUUUGCAAUCAAUGCUUCUAGAAAAGCCGGGAUAUGAAUGCUUUCGGAGGUGGAAUAAGCAGUUUGGAGACUUGUACACUUUCUGGAUGGGCAACACCCCAUACGUCAUCGUGAGCUCGUAUGAGCUGAUGAAAGAAACUUUUAUCAGAGAUGGUGACACUUAUAAAGACAAGUUCCCACAACCGUUCAAUGAAAAAUUCCGUGGUGGAAUCUUUGGAAUUAUUGAGACUAAUGGGCAUUUGUGGAAUACACAUCGCAGAUUUGCCCUCUCUACUUUACGAGACUUUGGGCUUGGCAAAGAUCUGAUGCAGGAAAAAAUUCUAAUAGAGGUUGAAGAUAUUUUCCGGAAAUAUGAUGCACAAAUUGACAAGGAUAUGGAAAUUUCUACAAUUUUACACAAUGCAAUCGCAAAUGUGAUUAAUCAAACAAUUUUUGGAUAUCGGUUUGAUGAAUCGAACCAGGAGGAGUAUAAAAAAUUAAAACACUUAAUUGAAUUCCAAGAAAAUGUGUUCACUUCCGCAAAAGUCACUGUGCAGGUUUUUGCUCCGAAACUCGGAAAGAUUCUGCCCGGAGAAUCAUUAGAAGAUUUGAUGAAAGACUGGAAAAAUAGUUUCUACGACUUUUUCAAUACCCAAAUCGAGAAUCACAGGCAGAAAAUUGACUUUGACUCGGAAGAGAGCCAAGAUUACGCAGAAGCUUAUCUGAAAGAGCAGAAGAAAUACGAAGCUCUAGGAGACACUGAGCUAUUCUCCAAUAAACAGCUAUCAAAUACUUGCUUGGACCUCUGGUUUGCAGGAUUAUCCACAACAAAUACAACUGCAAACUGGACAAUUUGCUAUGUUAUGAAUACUCCAGGAGUUUUAGAAAAAAUUCACGACGAGCUUGAUAAGGUGGUUGGGAGUGAUAGAUUGGUGACAACUGCUGAUAAGAAUAAUCUUCCUUAUAUGAAUGCAGUGAUCAAUGAAUCUCAAAGAUGCACGAAUAUUGUUCCGAUCAAUUUAUUCCAUGCAACCACAAGGGAUACAGUAAUAAAUGGAUAUCCAGUUAAAAAGGGAACUGGAGUCAUCGCCCAGAUUAGUACAGUUAUGCUUGAUGAGAAGGUCUUCCCAGAACCUUAUAAAUUCAAGCCUGAAAGAUUUAUAGAUGAAAGUGGAAAACUUAUAAAAGUAGAUGAACUUGUCCCAUUCUCAAUUGGAAAGCGGCAAUGCCCAGGCGAAGGACUUGCCAGGAUGGAGCUUUUCCUUUUUAUUGCUAAUUUUUUUAACAGAUAUCAGAUCUCACCAUCUUCGGAAGGACUUCCAUCAAUUGAUAAGAGCGAGAGAGUUGGAGUGUUUCCAAGAAAAUUCAAUGCGAUAUUGAAAAAGCGGCAUGUAUAAUGUAUAAUAUAAUAUAAUAAGUGGUGAUAUUUUUUUGUAUUUAUCUGUAUAAAUAAUUUUGAAAGCU